GGUUUCAGGUGAAUGUUAACGGCACCAGCAAGCAGCAAAAUGAGCCACGGCCAGUGCGUUGCGUGCCAUAUCCAGGAACCCGGCAUGUUCAAUAUCUACCAACAUCCAAGAGGUGUAGAUACGUUACUAACCUACGUUACGGCAAUCAGAGUUGAACCCAAAGAUCAGCUCUGCAUACCGUGUUACGAUGAGUUGCGAGUAGCGCACCGGUUCAAGGAAAAAUGCACCCGCAACAAUAUCAACCGGUUGGGCAGGUUGCAGAUCAGUGGUCAUCAUCAGCAUACCCGGCCUGAUGCGUCAACACAGAAUGAUUCCCUGGAGACUGGUGGUGAAACUUCGACCACGAUGCGUGCGGAAAACCCUCGCAUUCCCAGUGAAGACUGUGUCGAAUCAGUGCUAUUGACGCGAAGAAGGGCAUUUUCGGAGCAGUCUUGUCCGCCAGUUGCUAUGUUCAUCAAAUCUGAACCAUCCGUAACAUUCGAUAGCGCAGUGAGCCUGCCUAGCACUCCGGAAGAGUGCCUUAAUGACGCCAGCACCAGCAGCAACAGCGCAGUGAAUGAAUAUCGGCAACAGCAGCAGCAGCAGCAGCAGCAGCAGCAGCAGCAAGAAAACGACCAUAUGGAAAUGAACUAUAGUGCCGGACAUGCAAUCGAUGUGGUGAAGAUGGAACUAGAACUCUCGCUGGAGGAUAUCGGACUACGAGCGGUUUCGCUGUCGAGUGACAGCGUCGAAAACGGCUUCGACAACGCCCGGGAUCACGAAGGGAACGGAGAGGACGGCGUGCCGCAGCUAAAUGGCACCGAAACCAAGUGCCACCAGCUGGAGCAAAUGCUCCGUUCCGCCGCGUUGCCGAAGCAACAUCAGCACAAGGAACACGCCACCGGUACCAAAGUGCGCCGGGACAACACGAACGCGAUCAAGUUCCGGCGCAUGCUGUCGGGCAAGAUCAGUGCGCUGAUGUGCCGCUACUGUUACCGGGAGUGUGAUAAUCCGGAAUCGAAGGCGAUCCACGAAAGCGCACACCUUUCCGAUCCGAAACCGUUCCAGUGUUCCUACUCCGACUGUAACCGGCUGUUUCAGCAUCGAUCCGCGUUAAAUCGCCACUUCUACACGCACGUCACACCCAAGCGCUUCAAGUGCAGCGCCUGUCCGAAGCGCUUUCAUCAGCAAAGCUCGAUGGCGGUACACGAGCGGUUGCAUCGGGGCGAUCGGCCACACAUUUGUCCUCAGUGCGGGAAAGGAUUCACGCACCUCUCGAACGUGAAGCGCCACAUACGGUUCCAUAAUGGGGAGAAACCAUACCAGUGUGGCCAGUGCCCGGCACGCUUCACCACCAGCACGGAUCUCAGGCGCCACAUGAACAGUAGGCGCUGCAUGUUACGAUCGUUGAAAGCGAAAUGAUCGACGAGAGAGAUCGAAAUGAUUAACGAGUAUUGAGAGCGACCUGGAGACGUUGUGUUUACGAUGUAUAUAAAGUUUAUUAUAUUUUUUAUACACGCAUAUUCG